UUCAAUUCAAUUUCCUUCAUUUCACGGAACGAACCCCACAUUAAAGUUCGGGAUUUGCAUUUCUUUCCGAGUUCUUCAUUUUCUCCUUUUCACAUUCACCAUUUCAUUCUGGAACCUAGUUUGUUCCAUUUGUUUCCAUUUAAAUUCUCGACCUUUGUGUACUCUGCUCCGGUGAGGAAAUUCGGUAACUUGAUGAUUAGAAAAUGAAGUGUUUCUUCUUCAGAAAGAAAUCAGAAUCCGACCCAGAAUUACCGAAAGGGAGGAAGAAGAAAAACCAGGUGGUGAAUGGAGCAACCAAGUCCCCCAGCUCGGUACCAUCGCCAAGGAGCAUAAAAGAAUUGUACAAAGAGAAAGAACACAACUUUAGAAUUUUCACUUUGCAAGAGCUUGUGGAUGCUACACAUGGUUUCAAUAGGAUGCUGAAGAUUGGAGAAGGGGGUUUUGGGAUAGUAUAUAGGGGAAAAAUUAGACUUGAAGAUGGAGGUGAUCCUAUUGUGGUCGCAAUAAAAAGACUUAACACGCGUGGCUUACAGGGGCAUAAAGAAUGGCUUGCGGAAGUUCAAUUUCUCAGCGUUGUUAACCACCCGAAUUUGGUUAAGCUUCUGGGAUACUGCUCUGUCGACAGUGAAAGAGGAAUCCAACGGUUGUUGGUGUAUGAAUUCAUGCCAAACAGGAGCCUGGAGGAUCAUCUUUUCAGUCUUUCUUUACCUCAUUUGCCUUGGAAUACAAGAUUGCAGAUCAUGCUCGGUGCUGCUCAAGGAUUACAUUAUCUACAUAACGGAUUAGAGGUUCAGGUGAUCUACCGAGAUUUCAAAUCUUCAAAUGUGCUAUUGGACAAGAAAUUCCAUCCCAAGCUCUCAGAUUUCGGUCUUGCUAGGGAGGGCCCAACAGGUGAUCAGACUCAUGUAUCUACUGCGGUAGUGGGAACACAGGGAUAUGCUGCACCAGAGUAUGUUCAAACAGGUCACCUUAAAGCUCAGAGUGACAUAUGGAGUUUUGGUGUGGUACUUUAUGAGAUCCUUACAGGGAGGCGCGUAUUGAAUAGAAACCAUCCAACAGGGGAACAAAAGCUUAUAGAGUGGGUUAAGAAUUACCCUGCCAACAGUAGCAGAUUCAGCACCAUCGUUGACCCACGUCUCAAGAACCAGUAUUCUCUUGGUGCAGCAAGAAAAAUAGCCAAGUUGGCAGAUAGCUGCUUGAAGAAGAAUCCUGAAGAUAGACCAUCCAUGAGUCAGAUAGUGGAAAGCUUGAAGCAAGCAUUGCAGGAUUCAGAAACCAAAAACACUUCGCACAAUAUGACUUCUAAAUCCACCUGAUCUAAAUUGGUCCCAAGUGGUAAAUAAAUGCUGUUCUAGAAUGUUUUUUGCAGUUCCACAAAGCCAAUUCACUAAAAUAGACAAUAUUAGUGGAAGUGAAAAGGAGGGUCCAUAAUUUGCAAAUCUAUCCGGAAGUUCAUAGGAACCUUGCAGUAUGUUGGAAACUUACCAGUCUUCCAAUGAAUGAAGUAAAUUAUCUUCGAAGUAUAUAUUCAUAACUGUGCUUUCCAUUUUUUCUUAAUGUGCCCAAGUAUAAAGCUAUACCGUUGAAAAAGUCUAUUCUAUUGUAUUACCACGAUCUGAUUCAUAACAAGCGGUGUAAGUGGUGCUGCAGCGGACUUGGAAUUUUCCGAGUUGCGAAAUUCAUCCCUUUAAACAUUGUAUUAUUGACAAGGUAAAGCCUCAAAAAAGGUUUUCUGACUAAAUUAUGCUAAUAUUUUCCCUCUCAGAUUUGUUGGGGAGGGUGUUGUGUUGUGGAUCAA